CACCGCCCCGCCCGCCGCUGGCGGCGCACCCGCCGGCUCUCGGGUCUCUGCGGCUCGCGGCUCCUCUCCGCCAUCCCGGGCGCUCGGCUUCCUGCCGGGCCCGUCGCUUCCGCGGCCGCCAUGACGCUCGUCAUGUUCUUCGGCUGCUCCUUCAUCGCCUUCGGGCCUGCGCUCGCCCUCUACCUCUUCACCAUCGCCACCGAGCCGCUGCGCAUCAUCUUCCUCAUCGUCGGAGCUUUCUUCUGGCUGAUGUCAUUCCUGCUGUCCUCCUUGUUUUGGUUCAUAGCAAGAACCAUUGCCGGCGACCAAGAAGGACAAGCAUCGAGAUACCUGCUCAUUACCGGCGUGCUCGUCUCUGUCUUCUUCCAGGAGCUGUUCCGCUUUGCCUAUUACAGACUUUUAAAGAGAGCCAGUGAGGGCUUGAAGAUCUUGAACCCGGAGGAGGCAGCACCCUCCAUGAGAUUGCUGGCCUACGUUUCUGGCCUGGGCUUUGGCAUCAUGAGUGGAGUAUUUUCUUUUGUUAACACCCUGCCCAACUCCCUGGGACCAGGCACCGUGGGCAUCCAUGGAGACUCUCCUCAUUUCUUCUUAAACUCAGACCUUCCUGAACUCCCGCUCCAGCGUGGACCUGGCGUCGGCCUACGUCAUCAUGGUGCUCACGGGCGUCUGGGCCUUCUUUGUCUCGGGAGGCAGCUGCCGCAGCCUGAAGCUCUGCCUGCUCUGCCAGGACAAGGACUUCCUGCUGUUCAGCCAGCGCGCCAGAUAGCCGCCCUGCCCCACGCGGCGGGCUGUGUCUUGAGAGGAAGCACAACUGUGCCUUUGCCUAAGAAGAGAAAAGAAAAGAAAAAAGAAAAGAAAAGAAAAAGAAAAAAAAAGCAAAUAAAAAGAUCUUUGUCCAAGUGGAAUCUGGAAAACUCCCAGAAACCUCCUGAGAACUCCCUUGGCAGAGAGGAAGAGGCGGAGGGCUGGCGUCCUCUCUCUCAGCCGCUGCUGAGCAAGUCAGCACCUGAUGGUCCCACCCUGGCCCACUGUGGUCCUGUUACCUACAGAAGGCUGAAGGGCUGUCACUUCUGCCAGCCCCUCCUAACAUCCUUCACCGGCACCCAAUUCCGUGAGAACUGGAUGGACUGCGAACUAUCUGAUGAAUCAUCACAAGCUUUCUUUCCCUCUCCCCACACCCCAUUCACUCUAGCUAUGGCUUUUAGAGGCUUUGCAUCCGGUUUUCUGUUAUUGUUGCUGUUUGAACACAGGUUUAGUUUCUCUGACUUCACUAAUUCUUUUCUGGCUUCCGGAGAAGGUAUUCUAAAGCCAAGAAGUUUGGUGCAGCUUCUUUCAAGUGGAGUGCUUAAAGUUCUAGCAACGGGAGACUGCAGGGCAGUGUUAGCCAGCCCACACUAACUGCUGGACUCCGGAACAUGACACUCGUGUCCUGCCUCACAGUGGUGGCUGGGAGGUGGCCCACUGGAGUCGGGAGAAAUUCCCCCACGGCUCCUGCUCCUGUGACGGAGGCUUCCCUUCCCUCAGAUGGCUGGGUAGACCAUCAGAAAGGUCUCUGCCUGCCCACGCCAUGCCCCGGAUGACUCCUAUAGCCUCCAGGUCCAGGGUUUGUCAGCUCAGCUCCUAAACACCCCCUGGGUCUCCCUUACAAAGAGGAAGGCUCACUAGAAGCUGUUUCCCCUUUGAUGGCUUUAGGAACUGACAGUAUAAAGUGAAAAUCUCCUCCCGGUAAAAGCCAUGACCUUGGUGACUUCUGGGGCAGGGGGUGCAGCUAGGACAUCAAAACUCAACAGCAGCAGCAGCCAGGGGACUCACAGUGACCGUGGGAUAGGAGAGGCGGACAGUAGCGUGGAGGAGAGGAAUGAUACACGUGAUUAAGACAGAAUGUGGCCGUCAUUCUGGGCACCAGAAUCUCACACGUGAACUAGAUCUGUGGCCACGAAACCCUCCCCCCUGCUCAAAUCACAGGCACUUCUCAGCCUUGGGGCCCAAGGAAAGUAGAGCUUCAGCAAGACCACUGCCAGUCUCAUCAGCGGUUACUUCCCUAGAACUGGCUUCAGCUUGAAUAUGGAUGCUUGUGUGCCAAUUGCUGACAGCAGUGCUCUGCCUCCUGCCUCUGCCUCCUGCCAGGACGCUGGGUGGGGGUGGGGGUGGGGGUGGGGGUGAGGGUGGGCUGAGUGUAUAUAUGUUGAUGGUGAUACCAAGCCCGUUCCCUGCCUUGGUUCUGUGGACGCACUCCUGGGUCCUAACGGGACUCAGGGCGAGGGGGCAGUUUCUCCUGUCGGAGGGCCCUGUAUGUAUGUAGGCAGAAGCACAGUUGCCCUCGGAAUGUGACUGUGAAUGUGACUGAAUGUUGUCGCAGCCCUGUGAACAGCAGCUAUUUAUUUUCUUACUUAUCUCCUGUCUUACUUAUCUCCUGUUCCCCUAACUUAAUUGCUUGUGACCCUCAGGGGUCUGUGCCCUCCCUCCUGGCCUGCCCCGGUGCCUCUCUAGAGCAUCCUGCUGAGAAAGUGCUGGAAGGAAGAAAGACGCUGCUUGCAGACUGAAGACGAUGCCUUUGGUCCCCAGUGUGCAUACAGCGCCCCCGCAAUGUUUCCAUCUAAGUGAAUGGAAAAGUGUUCUCAGACACCCUUCCCACAUCUCCCUCUCCCUCUCCCUCUCCCUCUCCCUCUCCCUUUCCCUCUCUGCUCAAUAAUAGCCAACCACCUACCAAAUCAUACCAAAAAGAAACUCCUUUUGCAUAGGUGGGAAGCCUGUAUUCCAUUAGCAAGUGCAUCCCAGCGUUUUUUCGGCAGAGUCACGUGAAAAUGCUGGGUCUGCUCAACCAGGGCCCCGUGAGCCUUUGUGACAGAGGCUCAGAACCCCCCCCACACACACACACACACAUCUGCUAGAGAGAGCUGCUCUAGGCCCUUCGUCCGUCUGUAACGCUGGCCAGCCAGGACAGAUUGCCACAGAGCAGUUGUCAGGCUUUGCCUUUCGAGCAAGCGAGAGUGUUCUGUUGGCGGUGGCGAUGUUCCCAUUUCUUAUUCAUUAAAGACCUAGACUGCAACCUGUUAGGUCUUAGGGGCCCCAGAGGUGGGUUUGCUCUCUGCAAUUCAUGUGGCAUCAUACUUGCCAGCCAGACCUUGCAUUCUCUGCGCCACGCAACAAACUCUUUCCAGGCCUGUAUUUUCUCAGUGAACAAUAAAAAAAUCGUUUGGCA